AUGAGUAACUUGAAACGACCUCAUCAAUCAACAUCAGAUUUAAAUAAUAAUGAAAUUAUUUCAAAUUCAGCGGUUCAAAGUAAAAAAUCGAAAUCAGUAGACAAUUCGAAUGGCAAAAAGCCAUAUACGAUUGGUCAAAUCAAAGAACUUCAUAUGCUUAAUUUUAUGUGCCAUAAAAAUUUUUCUAUUGAAUUCCAUCCAACUUCCAUGCAAAUUGUUACUGGUGCUAAUGGCUCAGGAAAAUCAACAAUAGCAAAUGCAAUUUGUCUAUGUUUGGGUGCUCAAGCAAGAACGACAGGUCGAACAACAAAUGUUCAAUCGUUUAUUCGCAAGGGCGACACUCACGCGGAGUUAUCAGUUACAUUGGCAAAUGAAGGAGCAGAAGCAUAUAAACCUGAAAUUUACGGAAAAAAUAUUCAUAUUAUACGAAGAAUUGGCGCUAAGCAAUCAAGUUACAAAAUUUUGGGAGAAAAUCGUCAAGUAAUAAGUACUCGUAAAGAAACUAUAGACGAAAUAAACCAAGCAUUGUCUAUAUCACCGGAAAAUCCAUUAUGUGUUUUGCAUCAAGAAAUUGCAAAAACCUUUCUAUUGCACAGCGAUCCUCAGAAGAAAUAUCAAUUCUAUAUGAAAGUCUCUCAAUUGGAUCAAAUAAAACAAGCGUACGAAGCAGCCGUAUAUACUGUACAAUCGAUUUAUCAACGAAUAAAUAAUAUGAAAGAUAGACAUGAAGUCAUGCUACGAACUAUUGAAUUGUUAGAAAGAGACGUGAAGAAAAUAAAUAUUAGACGUGAGCAAGACAAAAAACAGCAUGAACUAGAAGCUGAACUUAUUUUAGCUCGUGGAAUGGAGACACAACAAGAAUUAGUUAAACUACAAAGUGAAUUAGAUCAAACACAAAAAAGUAAAGAUAUAAUAGAAGCAAGAAUAAUCGAAGCAACCAAUCAAAUUCGUUAUUUUGAUCAACAAAUAGAAACUCUUGCAGGUGAAAAAUCUGAUCUUGAAAAAGAUUUAAACGGUAGAAGUGGUUUACGUGAAUUAAAACUUCAUUUUGCCAAAGACCAAAAAGAAAUGAAACUAAUGAUUUAUCGUCUGUCACGUGAAUGUGAAAAACAUCAUGAAACAUUAAAAGACAAUGAACAAGGUCGAAUCCGUUUAAAAAAAUAUAUUGAUGAAUUCGAAGCGAUAAACCGACAAUCAAAUAUCAGCGAAGAACAACGUGUUAAUCUAAAUGAAGAAAUUCAAAAUCGUAAACGGCAGAGUACUGAAUGGAAUAAAACCAUGGAAUCGUUGACCGAUGAUUUAAACAUCAAUGAUGAUAAUAUUCGUAAGAAUCAAUCAACUAUUAAUUGCAUCCAAAAUGAGCUAAAACAAAAACAAAAUGAUAUUGAUGAAUUGAAAAAAAUCGAAACGGAUAAAACCAAUAUCUAUGGUGCAUGGGUACCAGAAUGUUUAAAAGCCAUUGAACGAGAUACUCGUUAUCAUAAGAAACCUAUUGGACCCAUCGGUCGACAUAUACGUUGUAUUGAGCCACGCUGGUCAUAUGCUGUCGAAAAACAUUUAGCUGCAAGCAUGUCUUCAUUUAUUUGCACCGACAAUCAUGAUGAACAUAUUCUACUUGAAUUAUUUUCAAAGUAUUGUCGAGGUUACCGUCCAACCAUAAUUGUUAAGAGAUUUUCAGAAGAACUUCCUGACGUAUCUGGAACAUUAGAACGUGUACAACGUGCCAAUCUUUUAUCUGUUUAUCAAGUUUUAAAAAUCGAUAAUAUCACUGUAGCAUGUGUAUUGAUUGAUCAUAAACAAAUCGAAGCAACAAUUUUAAUUAAAGAUUUACAAGAAGCAACACGCAUUCGGCAAAGUGGAGUAUUACGUUGGGAUAGAAUUUAUGGAAAAGUUAAACAAGUCGGUGAAGCAUUAACAUAUGAUGGUUCAAAUAUCAAAUUAGAUAAGGCAUUUAGAAUUUAUACCAAUGAUAGACAACCCGCACGUUAUUUUACAUCGAAUAGUACUCAAGCAUUAUCAAUCGAGGAAUUAAAUACCGAUAUAAAACGGUUGCAUGACCAAAUUAAACAAACGAAUUUAUCAAUGAAUGAAUUGAAAACUAUUCGACAAACAACAAAAGACAAUCUUGAUAAAAUAAAAAACAUGAUUAAUGAAAAUAACAAGAAAAUAAUUGAAUUAAAUCAGCAACUUGACCGUUUAAAUUCUACAAUGCCGACGGCGUACGAUUACUCACUCGAUGAAUUACAACAAAAAUUAAAAGAAUGUGAUGUUGUUCACCAUGCAGCAACGAAAAACUUCGAAGAAGCGAAGGAAAAAAUGGAAGUUGAACAUCAACGUCUUGAGGAUGUAAAACGAAAUCUUGAAAAUAUAGAGAAAAAAUUCGAUUCGAAAACUAGUGAAUCUGCUAUUCUAACAGAAAAAAUUAAUAAUGAAAUAGCCGAACGUCAACAAAUUCAACAACAAAUACCAAAAUUCAUCAAAAAAUGUUCACAAUUCGAUGAAGAUAUUGCAAAAUAUCAGGAACAAUUAAAUGAAUUAAAUAGAAAUAAGCCUAAAAAACUAAAAACAUCAAAAACAACCGAUCGUUCUGUUCGUGAUAUUCAACAAGAACUGGAUGUAAUAAAUCAUUUUCUUAUGUCAAACGAAGACACUAUUGAGAAGCGUCAACAAAUCAUCGACGAAUUCAGAGCAAAACGUCUUGCUGCACAAGAAUUUAAAAGGCUUUAUGAACGAUGCUUUCGACAAGUUCAAAGUUUAGAAAAAUUUGUGAAUAAACGUAAAGAACGUUUCGGUCAAAUAGCUGAUGAACAUCAAUAUUUACUUCGACAUAAAUUUAAAGAUUUAAUGGGAAAAUAUCGAUUUGAUGAUUGUGAUAUUAAAAUUGAUCACAAAAAAGAGGAACUGGAAAUAUCUAUAAAAAAGAAUAAACGUAGUGCUUCGUCAUUUUCCGGUGGCGAACGAUCAAUAUCAACAUUUUGUUUUUUAAUUGCACUUUGGGGAUCGAUUUAUCAACCAUUUAGAUUACUUGAUGAAAUCGAUAUUUAUAUGGACAAUGAAAAACGCAAUUCAUGCCUGGAACAUCUAUAUGAAAAUACUCAGUACUAUUCAUCAUCUCAACAUGUAAUAUUUACUCCGCAAGCAAUUGAUUCUACAUUAUGGAAACGAUUGAAUGUGCCUGUUUUUUGUAUGCCAACACCAAAACGUUCAUUAGAAUGA